AUGACUGCCGAAGAAACAAGUGGCCAUGUAGUUAAAAAUGAUAUCACAAACUCUACUCGAAUUGAUAAAGAAUUAUUAUCAAAGCAUCUAAAUGAAAUUGUUGGAGAAUGGGAAUUCCAAUCUCCGAAAGAAGUUGAAUUUUUCGAAAAUAAGUUUACUCAGGUUAGAUUAGUCCGUUUUACAGACCGGCAACUCAUUUCCUAUCUGAAUAUAAUUGAUGAUGGCAAACCUAUUGCUCUUGACCUUGAAUGGAACCCUUUUACUCGACAAAAUGGAGUUAAUCUAUUUCAGUUGUGUACAUCCAGAGGAUGCUUACUUAUUCAUAGACGUUCUGGUCAGAAGAAUGAUGAAUUUUUUGAAUUCCUCAAAACUCAUCAGUUCUUCAUGAAAGAUAUUAGCAAUGAUUAUCCAAUGCUCCAAACAACAUUUGGAAAAAACUUUCCAUUUCAAGUUUGUGAUGUUGCCGCUCAAAUUCUUCGCCCAGAAAAAAAGUCUGAAAAAUUUGAAAAAAUGGUUGUACAAUUUUCACAUUUAAAACCGACUGGAAAGUUCAAAAAUAAGAAAAUUUCGCGCUCCAAAUGGGAUAGGAAUCUUAAUCCACGCCAAAUUCUUUAUGCUGCAUUUGAUGCUGUUGGUCUUUAUGCUUGUUUAGAAGAAUUUCAAAAGUAUAAAUUUGAGUUUCUCCAUCCAGAAGCAAUCAAAUCUAUGUCUAUGUCUAUAUCUAAAGCACGAGCUUCCAAGAAGGAGAAAAAUAAGCCCCCAUAUGCAAAAGCAUUGUCGAAGAAACUUGAUCAUAUCAAAAUUUUUGCCGAAGCAUUUGAAACGGAAAAGAAUAGGCAUGAUCCAGAUUAUUGCAUCGAUUUGAAUGGAGUUUCAGAACUAAAAUUCGAAGAAUUGCCAAUGUUUGCUGAUUUCUACAAGCAAAAAUGGGAUAAGCCAUACAUGAAUGUUGAAUUUGUAAAAGGAACAAUAUCAAAAGUCAGUAUGGUUUUGUCAUCAGAUCCCAAUCUUAAAGAAAUACUGCACAACAUUGAUGAUGGUUUAACAAUGUCAUUGGAAAUAAAAUAUAAUCCCAAAGAUGCUGAUCCUUUUAUUUCACUUAUUGGUAUUUGUUCAUCUUUGGGAUGCUUAUUAAUCAAAUGCAAAGAUGGAAAAGCAUGCGAUGAUCUAAGAGAAUUUAUUACUAACCAUAAAUUUGUUUUCAUUUCCUCAAAACGUAUCCACGAUUAUAUGAAGAAAAUGUUUGGUUCUGACUUCGAAAUUCCAAUUGAUGAAGAGAAAAUAAAUCAUCUCAACAAUUACCAACAUACUAAUGUGCUUCUUUCAGUAGAAUUAAACCAUUCCGACUGGAAUCAGGAUGAGUAUACUGAUGCAAUGGUAUUGAAUUAUGCAAAUGGAGUUUCAUAUUUGUAUCAUUUCAUUACGCAUCACGUUUAA